CCCCUGGUAUAGCAGAUGGCGGGGAAUGCAGUAAACUUCCAUCCCGAUGACAUGACCCGUCUAGUUGAGUUGGCUUUGAGGAGUAAGCAACUGAUGCUGAUACAUGUACACUUAGUCCUCUCCAGGACUUCCAGUUGCAGACGCUGUACCGGGUACAAAAGCUGCGAAAGGGUGCUUCUGGACGUUCUGGUCUGUGACGCCAGUAUUGAACUGUUGCCUUCUGUUUGUCUUCGUCCCCAGUCAAGUCCCCAGCCACCACAUGCCACCACCACAUGCCACUACCUCUCCACCCCCCAGGCCUGCCAGCCGCCACCCGUCGGCGCACGCGCGCUCCUGGUCCACUGGCUGCGCGGCAGCUGUGCAACUGAGUGCAGCAUCCUCCGCACGUGCGUCCCGGUCACAAAGCUGCACAGUUCUUCACAUCAUACAGCCAAGUGCAACUUUCUUUACCAGAAAGUCUCCUUCCUCCACGAGACUACAGAGAGGGAAGUUGCUGUACAGGCAGACGGACAGACAAAAGAAAUGAAGCAGCUAUUACUUUUCUUGGCUGUGUGUGGGUGCUGCCUGCAGACAUGUCAUGCCCAGGGUUGCGGCCCUUCUCUCUACAGCCAGGUGACAAAGUGUUUCACCAGCAACAGUCUGGAGCUCAGCAUCAACGCCACCCAGCAGGACACCCAGACGUUGCUGGAAGAAGUGAAGACCAUCAACCCAGUCAUUGCAUGCCAACACAGAGAAGAGUACCAGAAGGCCAUGACAUGUUCUACAACUUCACUCAGAGAUUGCCUGGAGUCGUCAGGCAUGGGUGGCUUCUUGCCUGACCUCGACCUACUUCAAGAGGGCAUAAAGGUCAUGUGCAGCCGAGUGGAUGAGUUUGACGGAGAUUGUUUUAAAGCCAAAUAUCCCGACAUAGUCGCCUGUGGACAACAAAUCCUCCAUCAGCUGGACAAGGAGGGUCAACAAGCAGGAGAUUUAAACGAUGUUAUCUGCCUCUCUGUGGAUAUCAACUAUGACUGCACAAAGUAUCAUCUGCAAAGUUGCAAUAGAUCGACAGCCGACAUUUAUCUACAGCAGUUGGACGAGUAUUCGCUGCCUGUGGCGUGCAAAGAACGAAACCCAGCAAGACCCUCGCGACAACCUUACGUCUCCAGCAGCAACCAGUCCAGUAGCCUCCCCUUGUGUUAUCUAUCAGCUCUGUUGGUAGCGAUGUCACAUCGCUGGUCGUUGUAGGUGUGAAUGAAACAGUUUUGUUUGGUCCUUGGGAUAGAAAUUGGGAGGAGAUACUCUUUUGAAGUUGGCAUUUCGUCUCGAUUUCUAUGCUUGAAAUCUUUGGUCCUCAUGUAAACUAAUUGCAGAACUACAUCCGUGAACUGUAGCUAUCUCUAGGAGGCUAUCUCUGUAGCACUAAGGCUAUCACUAUGAACACAUCUGUUCUUGUUAUGAAGACCAUAAGCAUAAUGGCAUCAUUCCACAGCCGCUUACUUACCUGUGUCACUGUUGUUUGUUGCUUUGUUGUUUUCUCUUCCUUCUUGGCACAUAUAAUGCAUAAAUUAUUGUUUAUUAACUCAGCAAAACUUUUUCCGAAUAGUUUGCACAGUAUUUCUCAUUGUCAUAAGUGCCUUAAGAGCAGAAAAAUCGCAUAAUGGGUGAAGGGAGAACAUUUUUGUUUACUCAUCCUAGCGUUUUCAGAGUUCUGUUUUUUUCUUCGAAGAGAAAAAGUCGUUCAACUGUCCUAUCCCUCCUCUCCCUAUUCUUUUCCCGAUGUCAAAACAAAAUUUGAUGUGGGGUUAUGGAGACUUACAGAUGCUAACAGUUCGUUGCACUAAAGAAAUGAUAAAGAUAGCCACUAAUAUUUUCGGGUUAUGUUGGGAAGUGAAGUCUCGAUCUCGACAACUGGAUUGAUUGGGAAAAAGUUCAUUGUGUCACCCUGGUAUCGAACCGGCGCAUCUCUCGGUUUUGACGCCAGUUCUCAAACCAUUGGGUAUUGGCUUUGGUAGGGAAUGGCUAGGUUCAUGGAAACUGAUGGCUGGUGUAGAUGUAGAUGUAUAUGCAAUCAGUUUACUGCCCUCAGCUUUGCUAUAUGUUUUUUCCGUAUCUUCGCUUUUAAAACUUUUAGCUUUAAGUGUUUUUUAAAAACUUUUAGCUGUAAGUGUUAGCUUGAAGUUUUAACUUUAGGAUGAGGAAGAUAAAAUUUACUGCAUCAAUAAACUAGAAGCAGCGGUAGACACUUAAAAAUAAAAAUAAAGUAAAUGAAAAGCAUCAAACAUUAGACAUUGCCACUCACUACUACUUGAACCUCAGAUAUUAUUUUCAACACUGUAAAAUAUAUAAACAUGUAUCUAUGUACACAGUUUGUAUUAAAGCUGUUGGUAUAUUACAUACCUCUUCGUUCAACAAGCUCUCUCAAUAUCUUUUUCUUCUUUUUAUGUUGAAGGUAGUCGGUUGACACUUUCAGCAAUAUCGUGUUAAUAUUUGCAACCAAUAAUACAGAAAUAAACAUGAAAGGCAAGUAAGUGUGACAGAGCAAGGUAGAGAGAGAAGUCUGUAUGUUAAGACUAUUUGUAAAUAAUGUGUUUAGUCAUCUUUCUACAGGUGUGCAUCUCUUUGAUAUGUAAGCAAAUUCGACCCCUACACACGCACAAGGAACAAAGAAGGAGAAAGAGAGAGACAGAGAGACUGAAUGUGAAGUGUCCGGUACUAAUACAGCCGCCAUAGUUUUACUAAAUGUGGGAACAUAUUAUUUGCUUUAAUUUUCUACGAUUUGUUGCUCUCAUACAUUCGGCAUGUUAUUUUUACAUAAAGAUAACCAAGACCCCAUGUGGACUGCCUUUUUUUCUGAUUUUUGUUCUUACUUUGUAUUGUCCUGGUUAUAUGGCAAGUCAAAUGUAAAUUAAAAAUAACAAACGUGUCA